AUGACACUUCCCAACUUCCUUCACGUAGGUGAGAACGGAAACCCUUCUCAACCGUUAAUCGUCGACAUCAACGCCGGUGGACUUGAUCCCCCGUCUCCGAAAAAGUCGCCUCAUAAACAAGACCCGCAGAGGGCAGCUCGUCGUGCAUUCGACCUGAUCAAACACCGUCUUGCAGAGCAAUGGCUGCAGGAACUUGACGACAAGAUCUGUGCUGGCAAGAUUGCAGCAAAAACAAAGGCGACAGGGGGUGUCAAAAUUGUCUGGAGCAAGAACCUGCAGGUAACCGCUGGUCGGGCGCGUUGGAGGAAGGAUUUGGACAAGAACAAGAUUUCUAGAGGAGAAGAGACAGAGGAGAGACAUGUCGCGAGUAUUGAACUUGCCGAGAAAGUCAUCGAUGAUGCAGAUCGGCUGAGGAACGUCGUUGCCCACGAGUUCUGUCAUCUAGCGACCUACAUGGUUAGUGGUGUCAAGAACAACCCUCAUGGAAAGGAGUUCAAAUACUGGGGAUCCCAGUGUUCCAAAGCUUUUCGCGACCAGAACAUCAUCGUCACGACCAAGCACUCGUAUGAAAUCAGCUACAAGUAUAUCUGGGAAUGCGUUGAAUGUGGCUAUGAAUACAAGCGGCAGUCGAAGUCGGUCGACAUCAAUCGGCAUUCGUGCGGAAUCUGCAAAGCACGCUUGGUUCAAACCAAGCCGGUUCCAAGGGCCGCGUCUGGAAAGGUGUCAGAGUACCAGCUUUUCGUCAAGGAGAAUUUCCGGAGGUUGAAAGCAGAGCAUUCCAACCUAACUCAUGGCGAGGUCAUGGAGAAGAUGGGCAAACUGUACAGAGAACGGAAGAAGGAAGCAGCCGUCACACAGCGCUCGAAUAUCGAUGCGCUCACUCACCAACUGGAUGUUGUAGUGCUAGAUGAUUGA